GCACUGUUGCAGCUGCAAUAGGUUUCUUCACGCUCUUUAAAAAGUUCAGAUUCCAACAAGAAAACAAAGAAACUGUUUUGUCUUCCACAUCUCCUUCAUUAGCUCCUCAAUUUUCAUCUCACAACUUGGUUCAUCAAGUCUUUCCGAGCUUCCGCGGAGAAGAUGUCCGCAAAAACUUUCUCAGUCAUAUUCAUAAGGAGUUUCAAAGAAAAGGAAUCACACCAUUCAAUGAUAAUGAGAUCAAGAGAGGAGAAUCCAUUGGUCAUAAAGUCAUACAAGCGAUUAGAGGGUCUAAGAUCUCACUUGUCUUGCUUUCUAAAAACUAUGCUUCUUCAUCGUGGUGUCUUGACGAAUUGGUGGAGAUCAUGAAGUGCAAAGAAGAAUUGGGUCAAACAGUGAUACCCAUUUUCUACAAGGUGGAUCCAUCUGAUAUUAAGAAGCUCACUGGAAAAUUUGGGAGUGUGUUUAGAAAUAAUUGUGUUGGUAAAAAAAAUGAGGUUAUUAUCAAAUGGAGACGAGCUUUGGUGAAAGUGGCAACAACAACUGGUUAUACUUCUCAAAACUGGGAUAAUGAAGCGGCCUUGAUUGAAAAAAUUGCCACAGAUAUUUUGAAAAUGCUGAAUCAUGGUAAGCCAGAACGUGAUUUUGAUUGUUUAAUUGGGAUGGGAGCUCAUAUAAGAGAGAUGGAACAAUUGUUAUGCCUGGACUCUGAUGAAGUGAAGAUGAUAGGGAUUUGGGGUCCGUCUGGGAUUGGAAAGACCACCAUUGCUAGAGUCUUAUUUAACCAGUUUAACUACAAUUUUGAAUUGAGUGCAUUUAUGGAGAAUAUGAAACAAAUGAUGUAUAUACCAUUGUCUGCUGAUGACUACAGUGCAAAGUUGCAUUUACAGAAACAGUUUAUGUCUCAGAUAAUUAAUCACAAGGAGAUCGAGAUUUGUCAUUUAGGAGUUGCACAAGAUAUGUUACAAGAUAAGAAAGUUCUGGUUGUUCUUGAUAACGUCGAUCAGUCAAUACAACUAGAUGCUAUCGCAAAAGAAACUCGAUGGUUUGGUCAUGGAAGUCGGAUUAUCAUCACAACGCAAGACCAAAAAUUUUUGAAGGCACAUGAUGACAUCAAUCAUAUUUACAAUGUGGGCUUUCCAUCAGCUGGUGAAGCUUGUCAAAUAUUUUGUAUGUAUGCUUUUGGACAAAAGUUCCCUAAAGAUGGUUUUGAGGAUCUUACAUGGCAAGUUACAAAACUUUUAGGUGGACUUCCAUUAGGACUAAGAGUUAUGGGUUCCCAUUUUCGGGGAAUGUCUAAGCAUGAGUGGAUAAAUGCCCUACCACGAUUGAAGACUCGCCUUGAUUCUACUAUUCAAAGCAUUUUAAAGUUUAGUUAUGAUGCCUUAUGGGAUGAAGAUAAAGAUUUGUUCCUUCAUAUAGCAUGUCUUUUUAACAAUAAAAGGAUUAGCAAAGUGGAAGAACAUCUUGCCCAUAAGUUCUUAGAUGUAAGGCAAGGCUUGUACAUAUUAGCUGACAAGUCUCUUAUAUCUAUUGAUACUGAAUGGAUAAAGAUGCAUAGUCUACUAGAGCAGUUGGGUAAAGAAAUUGUUCGUCAUGAGCUCGGGCACCAAUUCAUUCGUGAUCCUGGGAAGUGCCAAUUUUUAGUUGAUGCUAGAGAUAUUUGUGAAGUACUCACUGAUGAAACGGGUAGCAGUAAUGUUCUUGGCAUACAUUUCGACCCAUCUGAACUGUCAGAUGAAUUAAAUAUAAGUGUGGGAGCUUUUGAAGGAAUGUCCAACCUUAAAUUCUUAAGAUUCAAGUGUCCAUAUGGUGACCAAAGCUUGUACUUACCAAGAGGAUUGAGUUAUUUAUCUCCAAAACUUAGAUUACUACAAUGGGGAUGUUUUCCAAUGUCAUGUUUGCCUUCCAAUUUUUGUUCGAAAUAUCUUGUCGAACUAAAUUUACGGUUCAGCAAACUUCAGAAGCUGUGGGAAGGAAAUCAGCCACUUAGAAACCUCAAAUGGAUGGAUUUGAGUUAUUCAAAAAACCUAAAGGUUCUACCUGAUCUCUCAACUGCCACUAAACUUCAAGAAUUAUUUCUCAUUGAAUGCUCAAGUUUGGUGGAGCUCCCUUCCUCUAUCGGGAAUGCCACUAAUCUUCAAACAUUGCAUCUCGGUGACUGCAAAAGUAUAGUGGAGCUCCCCUCCUACAUUGGUAAUGCCACUAGUCUCUCAUGGUUGAAUCUUUCUGGAUGCUCAAGUCUGAUGCAAUUACCUUUCUCUAUUGGAAAUGCCAUUAAUCUCGAGAUAUUGCAUAUGGAUAUGUGCACUAGUCUGAUGAAUCUUCCAUCAUCUAUUGGAAAUCUGCAUAAAUUGACAGAGUUUACUUUAAAAGGAUGCUCAAAGCUAGAGUUUCUUCCUACCAACAUCAACUUGGAAUCUCUUGACGAACUCAAUCUCACUGAAUGCUUGUUUCUGAAAACGUUUCCCGAGAUCUCCACAAACAUCAAACAUCUAUAUCUCAAUGGAACUGGAGUUGAUAAAGUGCCUUCCUCUAUCAAGUCAUGGUCUCGUCUUGAUGACUUGCAUAUGUCAUACAGUGAAAACCUCAAAGAAUUCCCUUAUGCUCUUGAUAUCAUAACAACUUUGUAUGUUAAUGAUUUAGAAAUGCAUGAAAUUCCACUGUGGGUUAAGAAAAUAUCUUGUCUUCGAGGACUUAUACUCAGCGGAUGCAAGAAGUUAGUAUCACUCCCACAACUUUCAGAUUCCUUAUUAUACUUGGAGGCAAUAAAUUGUGAGUCACUGGAGAGGCUUGAUUUCUCCUUUCACAAUCCAAAGGUAUACCUCAGCUUUGUUAACUGCUUCAAACUGAAUAAAGAAGCGAGGGAACUCAUUAUCCAGACUCGUACAAACUAUGCGGUCUUACCUGGUGGAGAAGUGCCAUCAAAAUUCACUUACCAAGCUAAUGGUGGAAACUCCAUGACAGUAAAUUUGAAACAUAGGCUUCUUUCUACAACUUCAAGAUUUAAAGCUUGCAUCUUGCUGGUUUAUAGAGGUGACAAGGAGGAUGAGGCUAAUGGUAAGGAAAUGAUGGUCUCUUAUCGCAUAAUGGACAAACAUAAUCUUGGUAUCGUUCCAUGCAGACCUACAUACCACUUUAUCAUGCCUCCCACUUUACCAGAGCACUUGUACACCUUUGAAUUUGAUGCGGAUGUGACAUCCACCGAGUAUUUCUUUGAGUUUAAAGUCGACAGCAACGACAAGGUGAUAAAAGAUUGUGGAGUACUUCAGCUCUAAGUCCCUUCAUGUAGAUAAAGAGAGAUUUAAAGAAAGCAAUGAAGGAGACUAGAAUUCAAGUUAGGUGGAUAUAUAGUUGAAGAUCAUGAAAGUGAAGAGAAAAGAAUGAAUGAAAAUGCGUGAAAGGUCUUAUUUUAAAGUUGCAGGGCUUGGUUAAGUUGUUUACUUUAUGUACACUUCUUGUAUUUGUGUAUGAUAGUCUCUGUGAGACAUGGAUCUCAUUUUAGUUUUGGUUAAGUUGUUACUUUGUAUGUUCGACAUUUGUUAUAAGUUAGUUAUCACUUA